AUGCCCGGGGGGUACAAAGGCGAGUGUGGGGAUGAUGUGGACCCCAUGCCGUUCCUGGCACCUCCCGAGAAGGAGAGGAUCGAAGCUAUGAACAAACCUUAUGACAUCAAGAGAUCGUGCUGGGUGAAGGACGAAAAGGAAGGCUUCAUUGCUGGCGAGAUCCAGUCUGAGCAGGGCGACCAAGUCACCAUCAAAACUAUCACCAACCAGACAGUCACCAUGAAGAAAGAUGACGUCCAGCAGAUGAAUCCACCCAAGUUCUACCAGGCCAGCGACAUGGCCGACAUGACCUUUCUGAAUGAGGCCAGCGUCCUGGACAACCUCCGCCAGCGCUACACCAACAUGAGGAUUUACACUUACUCUGGUCUGUUCUGUGUGACAGUCAACCCAUACAGGUGGCUUCCCAUUUACGGAGCCCGUGUGGCCAAUAUGUACAAGGGCAAGAAACGUACUGAGAUGCCUCCUCACCUCUUCUCCAUCUCUGACAACGCCUACCAUGACAUGCUCAUGGAUCGUGAAAAUCAGUCUAUGCUAAUCACUGGAGAAUCUGGUGCCGGCAAGACUGAAAAUACCAAGAAGGUCAUUCAGUACUUUGCCAACAUCGGAGGCACUGGCAAACAGUCUUCAGAUGGCAAGGGAUCCCUGGAGGAUCAAAUCAUCCAGGCUAACCCUGUGCUGGAAGCCUUUGGGAAUGCCAAAACCACCAGGAACAACAACUCCUCUCGAUUUGGCAAGUUUAUCCGAAUCCACUUUGGCACCACUGGCAAACUGGCUGGGGCUGAUAUUGAGAGCUAUCUCUUAGAGAAAUCUCGAGUCAUUUCCCAGCAAGCAGCUGAGAGAGGCUAUCAUAUCUUCUACCAGAUCCUCUCUAACAAGAAGCCUGAACUUCUUGAGAGUUUGCUCCUGGUGUCUAAUCCCAAGGAAUAUCACUGGAUAAGCCAGGGUGUCACUGUCGUCGAUAACAUGGAUGACGGGGAAGAGUUACAGAUCACAGACGUUGCUUUUGAUGUCCUGGGCUUCUCCGCAGAAGAGAAGAUUGGGGUUUACAAACUGACUGGAGGCAUCAUGCACUUCGGGAACAUGAAAUUCAAGCAGAAACCAAGAGAGGAGCAGGCGGAAGUGGACACCACUGAGGUGGCUGACAAAGUCGCCCACCUCAUGGGUCUCAACUCUGGGGAGCUGCAGAAGGGCAUCACCCGGCCACGAGUCAAAGUGGGCAAUGAAUUUGUACAGAAGGGCCAGAACAUGGAUCAGUGUAACAACUCCAUUGGUGCCCUAGGCAAAGCCAUCUAUGACAAGAUGUUCAAGUGGCUGGUGGUCAGGAUCAACAAAACCCUGGAUACCAAGAUGCAGAGGCAGUUCUUCAUUGGGGUGCUGGACAUUGCAGGCUUCGAGAUCUUUGAGUUCAACAGCUUUGAGCAACUCUGCAUCAACUUCACCAAUGAGAAGCUCCAGCAGUUUUUCAACCACCACAUGUUUGUGCUGGAGCAGGAGGAGUACAAAAGGGAAGGCAUCGAAUGGGUCUUCAUUGACUUUGGUCUGGAUCUGCAGGCCUGCAUUGACCUUCUAGAAAAGCCCAUGGGCAUCUUCUCCAUCUUGGAAGAGCAAUGUGUCUUCCCCAAAGCCACAGAUGCCACGUUCAAGGCAGCCCUGUAUGACAAUCACUUGGGAAAGUCCAAUAACUUCCUCAAGCCAAAGGGAGGCAAAGGCAAAGGCCCUGAAGCCCACUUUGAGCUAGUCCACUACGCUGGCACGGUGGGGUACAACAUCACUGGCUGGCUGGAGAAAAACAAGGACCCCUUGAAUGAAACUGUGGUGGGCUUGUUCCAGAAAUCCAGCAUGAACUUGCUUGCUCUCCUCUUUAAAGAAGAGGAGGCCGCAGGUAUGGCUCAUACCCCCACUGCAUCGUCCCUCCUGCUGGUGGGAGGCUGAGGGCGAAAAUGCAUUUCCCCUCUCUUAACAGUCAGCCAUUCUACCUUAGAACAUUGGACUCACUGUCUCAUACCAUACCUUUGCUUUGUUUUGGCAGGGGUGGUGGAUGCCCACCUGAUCAUGCACCAGCUGGCUUGCAAUGGUGUCCUGGAAGGCAUCCGUAUUUGCAGGAAGGGUUUCCCAAACAGGUUACAGUACCCUGAAUUCAAACAGAGAUACCAAGUCUUGAACCCCAAUGUGAUCCCUCAGGGAUUUGUGGACAAUAAGAAGGCUUCAGAACUGUUGCUUGGAUCCAUUGAUAUUGACAUAAAUGAAUAUAAAAUUGGACAUACCAAGGUAUUCUUCCGGGCUGGAAUCUUGGCCAAACUGGAAGACAUGCGGGAUGAACGCCUGGCCAAAAUUAUGACCAUGCUUCAGUGCCGUCUUCGGGGUUUCCUGAUGAGGAUUGAAUUCAAAAAGAUGCUAGAAAGAAGAAUUGGCCUGAAAGUGAUUCAACGAAACGUUCGCAAGUUCCUACAGCUUCGCUUCUGGGGCUGGUGGAAACUCUACAACAAGGUAAAGCCUCUCCUGAAUGUGGCUCGGCAGGAAGAGGAGAUGAAAGCCAAGGAGGAAGAGCUGAGGAAUGCCAUGUCCAAGACACAAGAGCUGGUCACCCGUGUGAAAGAACUGGAAGAAAAAACAGCCACGCUGAGCCAGGAGAAGAAUGACCUAACCAUCCAGCUGCAGGCAGAACAAGAGAACCUCUCUGAUGCAGAGGAGCGCCUCACUCAGAUGAUGAAGACCAAAAUGGACCUGGAAAGCCAAAUUUCAGACAUGAGGGAGAGGCUGGAGGAGGAGGAGGGCACUGCGGCCUCUCUCAGUGCCACUAAACGCAAGCUGGAAGGGGAGAUGAGUGACCUGAAACGGGACCUCGAAGGUCUAGAAACCACCUUGGCUAAGACGGAAAAGGAAAAGCAGGCCUUGGAUCACAAAGUGCGAACCUUGAGCGGUGACCUGUCCCUCCGAGAAGACUCCAUUGCCAAGCUCCAGAAGGAGAAGAGGGCUCUGGAGGAACUCCACCAGAAAACUCUUGAUGACCUUCAAGCUGAAGAGGACAAAGUGAAUCAUCUCACGAAAAAUAAUAGCAAACUGGGCACCCAGAUCCACGAGCUGGAGGACAAUUGGGAACAAGAGAAGAAGAUACGGGCUGAGGUGGAGAAGGCCCGCCGGAAAGCUGAGAGUGACCUGAAGAUGACCAUUGACAACCUUAAUGAGAUGGAGAGAGCCAAGCUAGAUCUGGAGGAGGUCGUUAAGAAGAGAGACAUGGAAAUCAAUUCCGUCAACUCGAAAUACGAGGAUGAGCAAUCUCUGAAUUCCACAUUGCAGAGGAAACUGAAAGAACACCAGGCCCGGAUUGAGGAACUGGAAGAAGAAUUAGAAGCGGAGAGGGCUAUGAGAGCAAAGGUAGAAAAACAACGCAGUGACCUGUCCCGAGACCUUGAAGACCUCAGUGACAGGCUGGAAGAAGCUGGAGGGGCCACCUCUGCUCAGAUUGAGCAGAACCGCAAGCGAGAGGCAGAGUUGCUGAAACUUCGCAGGGAGCUGGAAGAGGCAGCCUUACAGAGUGAGGCCACGGCCUCUACCCUCCGCAAGAAGCACACCGAUUCCAUGGCUGAGCUCACGGAACACGUGGAGAACCUUCAGAGGGUGAAGGCCAAGCUGGAGAAGGACAAGCAGGUCAUGAAAGCGGAGAUCGAUGACCUCAGUGCCAGCAUGGAGACGGUCCAGAAAUCCAAGGUGAAUGCCGAGGCUCAUGUUCGGAAAUUAGAAGACAAUUUGUCUGAGGCAAAUGCUAAAGUGGCUGAACUGGAGAGAAACCAAGCAGAGCUUAAUGCUAUCAGGACCAGACUCCAAGCUGAAAACAGUGAAUUAAGCCGAGAAUAUGAGGAAUCCCAGAGCCGGCUAAACCAAAUUUUCAGGAUGAAGACUUCACUGACCUCUCAGGUGGAAGACUACAAGAGGCAGAUGGAAGAAGAGUCAAAGUCCCGGAGUGCAGCCGUGGUGAGUCUGGCCAACACCAAGCACGACCUGGAUCUGAUAAAGGAGCAGCUGGAGGAAGAGCAAGGGGGCAAGUCUGAGCUGCAGCGCCUGGUGUCCAAACUCAACACAGAGGUCACCACGUGGAGAACCAAGUACGAAACUGACGCCAUCCAGAGAACCGAGGAGCUGGAAGAGACCAAGAGGAAACUGGCAGCCAGGUUGCAGGAAGCAGAGGAGGCUGCAGAAGCUGCCCAGGCUCGGGCUGCCUCCCUAGAGAAAAACAAGCAGAGGCUCCAAGCAGAAGUAGAAGAUCUCACCAUUGACCUGGAGAAGGCCAACGCCGCUGCGGCUGCCCUGGACAAGAAGCAGAGGGUCUUCGAUAAAAUGCUGGCUGAGUGGCAACAGAAAUGUGAGGAGCUGCAGGUCGAGGUGGACAGCUCCCAGAAGGAGUGCCGCAUGUACAUGACGGAGAGCUUCAAGAUCAAAACGGCCUAUGAAGAAUCCAUCGAGCACCUGGAGUCUGUGAAGAAAGAGAACAAGACUCUUCAAGAGGAGAUCAAGGACUUAAUUGACCAGCUGGGUGAGGGAGGACGGAGUGUACAUGAGCUUCAGAAGUUGAAGAAGAAGUUAGAGAUUGAGAAGGAAGAGUUACAAGUGGCCCUGGAGGAAGCUGAGUCUUCCCUGGAGGUGGAAGAGAGUAAAGUGAUACGUAUUCAGCUGGAAUUGGCUCAAGUCAAAGCUGACAUUGAUAGGAGAAUCCACGAGAAGGAAGAAGAAUUUGAAGCUACAAGGAAGAACCACCAACGGGCUAUCGAGUCCCUGCAAGCCAGCCUAGAGGCUGAGGCCAAGGGACGGGCCGAGGCCCUCCGACUCAAGAAGAAGAUGGAGACGGAUCUGAAUGAAAUGGAAAUCCAACUGGAUCACGCCAACAAAAACAACAGUGAGCUUGUCAAGACACUGAAAAGGCUACAGCAGCAAAUCAAGGAUCUCCAGAUCCAAAUGGACGAGGACGCUCGGCAGCACGAGGAGCUUCGGGAACAGUACAAUCUUCAGGAACGCCGCCUGAGCCUCCUGCAGACAGAACUGGAAGAAGUUCGCUCCAGCCUAGAGGGCAGCGAGCGAUCCCGAAAACUGCUGGAGCAGGAGGUGGUCGAGAUCACGGAGAGACACAACGAAGUCAACAUUCAGAACCAAAGUCUGCUGGUGGUCAAGCGUAAACUGGAGUCAGACAUCCAACGAAUCUCCAAUGAACACGAAGAGCUCAUCAGCGAGUUCCGGACGGCUGAUGAAAGAGCUAAGAAAGCCAUGACUGAUGCUGCUCGCAUGGCGGAAGAGCUCCGUCAAGAACAGGAUCACUGCAUGCACCUGGAGAAGAUCAAAAAGAACCAUGAGCUCACCAUCAAGGACCUGCAAGCUAAGAUGGAGGAGGCCGAACAGCUGGCUCUUAAAGGUGGAAAGCGCACGAUAAUGAAACUGGAAGCCAAGAUUAAGGAACUGGAAACCGAACUAGACUCAGAACAGAAACGCCACGUCGAGACGGUCAAAAUCCUGCGUAAAAAUGAACGUCGCCUCAAAGAGCUGGUCUUCCAAACAGAUGAAGAUCACAAAACCAACCAACGCAUGCAGGAGCUGGUGGAGAAGCUUCAGAACAAACUGAAGGUCUACAAGAGACAAAUCGACGAGGCGGAGGAGCAGGCCAACCAGAGCCUGGCCAGGUACCGGAAGACCGUGCACGAGCUAGACGAUGCUGAGGAAAGAGCAGGCAUGGCUGAGACCGCCCUGAACAAGCUACGUACAAGGCACCGGGUGGCUGGCAAAGGGAUCACCUCAGUGGAGAUCAUCCAAGUGUCCAAGACUGGUUCCUCUAAAACGAUGUCUGAGGAAUGAGAGCCAUCUGCGCAUGACAUCGAUAGCUGGGUGACACAGAGCUCAACAGCAGCUCAUUGUAUCACAGAAAUCAUGAAAAAGGGAAACUGGGCCUAUUAAGAAGAUGGAGAUGAUGCAGAGAAAAGGCAGAGCAAGAUAGGAGCGGAAAAAUGAAGCUGGCUGUGAAGAGAUGAGCUAAGAGGUUUAAACAGCCAGACUUAGCAAGGUCUGUAAUCAAAGUUGCUCCUUUCAGAGACCUGCAUCAGUCAGUGUAGCUUGUCAGAAACAAUGGGCCUAUUUUUAAGUGAGAUCUUCUUACAUGCUCAUGUCAAGGACGGAACAUGUAAUGUAUUUGUGUGAGCCAGCUGUCUUCUUUCUGUAAAUAAUUCCUCCUUUGGACAAUCUUGGUGCUUCAUCCUAAUGAGUUUAAGUAAAAGUAAUAUCAACAAAAAAUCUGGGUGGAUAUUCUUUUGUUUUUCAUGGAACAGUUUCCUUCUUCCUCCCUCACUCUUGCCUUCCCUCUCCCCCUUCUUUCCUUCUUCAUUCCUUUCUCUUUUCGGUACCCUUUAAAUCUAAAAGAGGUUUAUAAACAAAUGUAAAAUCUAAUUUUAGAAAAUUUUU